AUGGAGUUACCACCACCCGACGACCACAAUUUGAACCCCGCCAUGGACGCUUUAGAGCUGCCGGCAGUGGGGCGUGUAUUUAGAACACUAAACGAGGGUAUCCAAUGCUACACCAACUACGCGCGGACCAUCGGGUUUGACGUUCGAUGUAGCUCCGUGAAGCAUGACCGAGACGGAGAAGUGUACUCGCGAUAUUUGGUGUGCAGCCGGCAAGGGUUCAGAGCCGGUGGUAGGAUACCCCGCGACCAUGAUCGGGGUGUGAAUGUUGGAGAUAAACGGGAGCGCCGCCGCCGACUUUCUAACAGAGUUAAUUGCGGAGCGAGGAUCGGCUUUAAAAAAAAAGGCUCUGGGGAGUACAUCGUUACCGUUUUUGUCGAGGAACACACCCACAAAUUGUGCUCAGAUUCGUCUAAAGUUUUUAUGCGAAUUAACCGACGUCUCAAUGUGGUCCACCAGGCUUUUUUAGGUAAUUGCGUUAAGGCCAACAUUGGUUCUUCAACGGGGCUGCGGUUUUGCAAGGAGGCCACUGGAUCGUAUGCAAAUGUCGGCGCAACGGACGUGGAAUUCCACAAUUUUAAGCGAGAUGUCCAAACGUACGUUGAUGUAGCUGAUGGGGAGAUGAUUAUCGCCACCUUCAAAGCCAAGCAAGAAAUGUGCAGUGAAUUUUUUUAUGAAUACCAUAUGGAUGAGGAAAACCGGCUAUCGCGUCUAUUCUGGGCUGACCCCCUCAGUAGGCGGACAUUUUCUUGCUACGGCGAUAAUAUUUCCUUCGAUGCCACCUACGGAACAAACAGGUACAGUAUGGUGUUUGUGCCAUUUAUGGGUGUGGACAAUCACAAACGAUGCAUCACUUUUGGGGGCGGUUUGCUCACUAAGGAAGACGUUGACUCAUACAGCUGGCUGUUGGAGAAAUUUAUAGCUGCAAUGGGCAAGAGCCCAUUAUGUGUUGUGACGGACCAAGACCCAGCAAUGCGAAUUGCUAUCCAACAAGUAUUGCGAAAUUGCCGCCAUCGCUACUGUAUGUGGCACAUUAUGACAAAGGUUAAUGAAAAGCUAGGCAAUGAGUUAGCUAAGGACAAUGAGUUUCGCAAAAAACUAAACGCUAUCGUCUGGAACGAAAGAAUCUGCAUUGAUGAGUUUGAGGCGCAAUGGCACCUAUUAAUAGAUGAGUACAAGCUAACAAACCAUCGGUGGUUUUGCAAAAUAUUUGGUGAAAGGGAGAAUUGGAUCCCGGCUUACUUUUCUGAUUUGCCUAUGAGUGGGCUGCUAAGAACCACAUCGCGGUCAGAAGCAGAAAACGGCGUAUACGGUAAAUUCACACGUCCCCAUUCCAGUUUGGUAGAGUUCUACAUGCAAUUCGAGAGCGCGUUGGGAACGCAGCGCUAUCGACAAGAUAAAUUAAACGCAGAGUACGAGGGUUACCUGCCUAAGUUUAAAACGCCAUUAGCACUCGAGCGUACUAUUGCACGAGAAUUCACGAUCACUAUUUUUUAUGAGCUACAGAAAGAAAUAGAAGCAGCUUGUUUUUAUUGUUCUGUGAUCGGUGUACGCCAAGACGGGGAUAGCACCCAUUACGACAUUGCAAAUGAGGGGAACAUUAUUGCGACCGUGUACUACAAGGUUGGUGGUCUUGGAGCAUCAUGCAGCUGCAACUUGUUCCGAAGAAUGGGCUUGGUCUGUCGGCAUAUGUUUGUGGUUUUCUGGGGUGCACAGAUGGAACAGUUACCGGCUGAAUACAUUGUGAGCCGAUGGUGCAAACAUCUUACUUGCGGCGCAUGCAAAGGAGUACCGUCAAAUGGUGAUAAGCCAACCCCUGUAGCAACACAACUGUGGACUGAGAUUAACACGUGCGUUGGACUGGUAGGCAACAGCCUAGAGCCCCAAACGCGGAUGGUCUCGAUACUGAAGGACCUUACCGCAGAAUUCAGUAGUGACGGACUAUCUACGAACCCUGUUAAGGGUAACCGUGCUGCGAUACAAGCAUUAUGCGGUGUUGAGCCGCCAGAAUCAAUAAUAAUCAAGCCCCCCGCCCAAGCGAAGAACAAAGGCACUGGAAAGCGUAUAAAAAGCCAAAGGGAGAUAGCCAUCGAGAAAAAUGCCAAAAUCGGACGAAAGUGCGGGAUCUGUGGUAAAUAUGCUCACCAUAACGCCCGUAGUUGCCCGUCAAAGUAA